AUGAUUGACUCCGAUUAUUCUGGACCCGGACUAUUUUCCCCGGAUCCACUAGUGACGAACAAGCAUUCGGGAGUCGUAGGGAUUCAAACAGACGACGAGACCGUAGACGUCUUUCUCGGGAUCCCCUACUCCAUCCUCCCCAUCGGCAAUUUACGGAUUCGACCCGCCGCCAGGCUUCCCCAAUCAACAGACACCAUCGAUGCAUCCAAAUCUGGCCCCGCAGCACCUGGCAAAGCAUUGCUCGCGGGCGGUCCCAAACUCGAGCAAAGUGAAGAUUGUCUGACUGCGAACGUGUUCCGACCUGCCGGAACUCAGACCGCAGCGAUCGAAGACGGAGAUCUCGCAGCUCGCAUAAACCCCGAUGCAGGGAACCUUCACAGCCAUGAACUCUCCAACAGUAACCUUCGAUUCCCUACCGAACGAGGUCAGAUAAGAAACCACCCACCAUCCUAUCCCAAACUCAUCCAUCCCCUCCAGGUCUCUCUGCAGAUCCUCUCCUCACUCUCCACGCAAUCCCUCCUGCCCAUCACAGCCGUCAACCACCGCCUGCACGCCCUCGUCCUCCGUAUCCUUCACUACCGCCUCAUUGCAGCCGCCUCCCUCCCAGAAUACAAACUCCUCCUAGAGUGCUUCCACCCGACCUCCAAACUCACCGAGCCACACGUCUUCUGCACAUACCUCGGCACCGACGGACUAAGUGACCGACACGACGGACAGGGCUCACUCUACGAGAGUGUCGACACCGCGCAUCGACUGUCUCGGCUAACGGGGCUAUAUUCACGCUUCCGCCCCGAGGCACACACGGACGACGAUGUCAGCGGAGGAACGUCGCGACUCGUUUCAUCGCCAGGUACGACGCUUUUGCUGCCCGGGGUGGUGGGGUUUAUGCGGGCUGACGCGAAUGGGGAUGGAGAAGAAAGGUCGGGGGCAUCAGUGACGAGGUCGGUGAAUUUGGAAGGGUAUGAGGAUUUCUCGCAGCUUUGUGUCGUUGUGAAUCUGGUUCAGGUCAUGCCUGGGACGACGCUCUUGCGCAGUGCGCAUACUAUUGAGGAUGGAUUUGUUCGUCUGUGGCGGGAGUGGUUGAAGAGGCAAGGCGAGCGGUGGAAAGCUGCGAUGCGGGUUGCAGAGGAAGAAGGACCGGAAGCGGCGCGGAUGUUACAGGAUGCCGACGAGAUUCUCUGGGUGGAUCGAAACAACACGGUCGGAUUGAAGAUGCGCGUGCGAGAAAAGGAGUGGAAUUCGGCUUUUCCGGUGUUGAUGCACCGCGACGAGGAGUCUACGGUGGCCUACGAGGUUGAUUUGGAAGAACUGCAUAUCCGCUCAACACGCCUACUCCUUACCCUGGAACAGUCACAGGAAGAGCAGCAGAACUACCAGAGCAACGCCAUCAUAUUCGGGGCAUUUCCUAGUUAA